AUGACCCUCGACGGCGUCGACGUCGACGAGUUCGGCGACGACGAGGCCGCGGCCUUCGAGGCGAGCGUCGCGGACGCGCUCGGCCUGCCCGCGGACGACGUCGUCGUCGUCGGCGUCGCCGCGGCCGCCGCGCGGCGGCGGCGGCGGCGCCGCCUCGACGACGCUUCCGGCGUCGCCGUCGACUUCACCAUCGACACGCGCGCGGGCCUCGACGCCACGGCCGCGGCCCUCGACGCCGCCGUCGACAGCGGCGUUCUCGACGCGUCCCUGCGCGCGGCGUCGCCGGCCUUCGCGGCCGUCGCGGCCCGACCGGCGACGGUCGUCUUCGCGCCGACGGGAGCGCCGUCGGCGGCGGCCUUCGACUGCUCGAGCGACCGGGGCUACGAGUUCUCCCUCGCGCUCGACGGGCGGCUCCGCUUCCACUGGUCCGUCGUCGGCGGCGCGCUCGAGGCCGCGCUCGUCCUCGCCGGGAGCGGCGGCGGCGACUGGGUUUCUUUGGGGUGGGGCGACGGGUCCAUGACGGGCACGGAGUGCGUCAUCGCCGAGGGCCCGGACGGCGGCCCGGCGAAGUACGACAUCACGUCGUACAAAAAGAGCGGCAUCGACGCCAUGGCCGCGCAGACGCUGACCGACGCGGCCACCAUGGUCGAGGCCGACGCGUACGUCGUCGCGUUCACGAAGCUCAUCGACGAGCCCGGCGAGCAGACCGUCGGCGCGGACAGGUUCGUCUGGUCCUACGGCUCCGGGUCCCUGGGCUUCCACGGCGGCGACGUCGGCGCGCUGACGCUGGACCUCGAGACGUGCGCGUUUUCCGUGAAGACGAUCGAGACGGUCUCGUCGCGGAAGAUCAGGGCCCACGGCGGCCUGCUCCUGGCCGCCUUCGCCGCGCUCAUGCCGAGCGCGCUCGUCGCGGCCAAGUCGCGCUUCGUCCUGGCGCCGGGUCCGCUCUGGAUCCGGAUCCACAUCGCGUGCAACGUCGCCGCGCUGAUCUUGGCGCUCGCGGGAAUCGCGGUCGCGGCGGCGGCCAUCGACGGCACGGACGGCGCGGACCACCUGCGGGGCCGCCACCCCAAGAUCGGCGUCGGCGUCAUGGUCGUCGUCGGCGCCAUGGUCCUCAUGGGCUUCGCGCGGCCGGGCAAGGACGCGCCGAGGCGCGUCUACUUCAACUACGUCCACACGGGCCUGGGCUACGGCGCCGUCGUCCUCGCGGCCGCGGCGACGCGGAGCGGCAUCUCCAAGGCCGCCGACCUGGAGCACAUCGCCGACAAACGGGCCUGGUACACGGCGCAGGCGUCGCUGCUCGUCGCGUGCUUCUGCGCGUGGCUCGCCGUCGCCGUCGCCGGCGCCGCGAAGCGACACAAAGCGCCGUCGAAGCCCCUCGCGCCCCACCGGCCCAGCGACAGCGAGAUCGCGCUGAAGGAGGUCAACACGCCCAUCAACGAGAGGGAGGCGGCGCCGGCGGCCGUGCGGAGCGACGACACCUACCUCCGCCUCACGGACGCGACCGGCGCCGUCGUCGCCUGCGGGAGCGCCGUCGACGCCGGCGCGACGCUCACGGCGACCCUCUAUCAGAACGACGCGGCCCUCGAGUUCGAGAGCCACGACGUGGAGUACCUCAUCGACGCGCGGUCGGGCGCGGCGUUCGUCGGAGGCGUCUGCGGAGGCUUCGAGAACGUCGCGUCGCGGUCGCGGAACGCGCCGGCGACGUUCGUCGUGCCCGCGGCGGGGACGACGACCCUCGAGGGCUGCCACGCCACGGGCUAUCGCACGGUCUACGUCACGGAGCCCUGCGACGUCGUCCCGCGCGCGGUCGCGACGGCGAAACCGUCGGCCGCGCCGACGGCGAAGCCGACGGCGGAGCCGACGCGCCCCGCGACGCCCCCGCCGUCGGUCGCGCCGGGCGCGCCGACGCCGAGCGCGCCGACGCCCGCGCCGACGUUUCCCGCGCCGACGCCGGAGCCGACGUUUCCCGCGCCGACGCCCGCGCCGACGUUUCCCGCGCCGACGCCGGAGCCGACGUUUCCCGCGCCGACGCCGGAGCCGUCGCGCGAGCCGACGCGCGCGCCGACGACGCCCUUCGACUGCUCGAGCGACCGGCCGGGCUACGAGUACUCGCUCGCGUUGGACGGCAAGCUCCGCUUGCACUGGUCGCUCGCGGACGGCGCUCUCCGGGCCGCGCUCGUCCUCGCCGGGAGCGACGGCGGCGCCUGGGUGUCUUUGGGGUGGGGCGACGGGUCCAUGACGGGCACGGAGUGCGUCAUCGCCGAGGGCCCGGACGGCGGCCCGGCGAAGUACGACAUCACGUCGUACAAAAAGAGCGGCAUCGACGCCAUGGCCGCGCAGACGUUGACCGACACGGCCACCAUGGUGGAGGACGAUGCCUACGUCGUCGAGUUCACGAAACUGAUCGAGGAAGCGGGCGAGCAGACCGUCGGCGCGGACCAGUUCAUCUGGUCCUACGGCUCCAGGUCGCUCGGCUUCCACGGCGACGACGUCGGCGCGCUCACUCUGGACCUCGAGACCUGCGCGUUCUCGAUCAAGGAGAUCGAGGGCGUGUCGUCGCGGGCGAUCCGGGCCCACGGCGGUCUGCUGCUGGUGGCCUUCGCGGCGCUCAUGCCGUCCGCGCUCGUCGCGGCCAAGUCGCGGUUCGUGCUCGCGCCGGGCCCGCUCUGGCUCAAGAUCCACAUCGCCUGCAACGUCGCCGCGCUGAUCUUGGCCGUCGCGGGCGUCGCCGUCGCGGCGUCGGCCAUCGACCGCGCGGACAACGGCGAGCACCUCCGGGGCCGCCAUCCGAAGAUCGGCGUCGGCGUCAUGGCCGCCGUCGGCGCCAUGGUCCUCAUGGGCUUCGCGCGGCCGGGCAAGGACGCGCCGAAGCGCGUCUACUUCAACUACGUCCACACGGGCUUGGGCUACGCUGCCGUCGUCCUCGCGGCCGCGGCGACGCGGUCCGGCAUCUCCAAGGCCGCGGAUCUGGGGCACGUCGCCGACGACCGGCCCUGGUUCACGGCGCAGAGCGCCAUGCUCGGCGUGGCCCUCGCGGCCUGGCUCGUCGUCGCCGCCGCGGGCGUCCAGAAGCGCCGCGACGCGAAGCCGGCGGCCGCGGCCGCGGUCGACGGCGCGGACGGCAAGGGGCCCGCGCGCGUCGACGAGGAGGAGGAGGCGGGCGAGGCCCCGGCUCCCAAUCCGCUCUUGGAAGGCGGCGGCAUCGAGCUGCAAGUGGAGGCCGGCUUCGAGCCGUGCGCCCAGGACGACGAGCUGCUGGAGGCGGACAAGGCGGAGGCGGCGCCGGCGCGCGCCGACGCACGCACGAACGCGUCGCGUCCAACGCACACCGGCGCGCGCACGAACACAUCGCGUCCAACACACACCGGCGCGCGCACGAACGCGUCGCGCCUGGGCUUCUGGCUCGGCGUCGUCGCCUACGCCGCGGUGCUCGCCGCGUCGGCGGCGCAGCGCCGGGCCGCGCCCGCGCCCGCGGCCGCGUGCGGCGCGUGCGGCGCGCUCAUGAUCGUCUGGUGGCUGACCCGCUGCGUGCCGCUCGGCGUGACGUCGCUGCUGCCCGUCGUCCUCCUGCCGGCGAGCGGCGCCGCGGACGCGCGCCUCAUUUCAAGCGCGUACCUGUCGGACCCGCUCAUGCUCUUCCUGGGAUCGUUCUUGGUCGCCGCGGCCCUCGAGCGCCACGACCUCCACGCGCGCGUCGCGAGCGGCCUCCUGCGGCGCUUCGACCGGCGGGGCGACGCGCCGCGGCGCUUGCUGCUCGGCGUCAUCGUCGCCACGGCGUCGUUGUCCAUGUGGACGUCCAACACGGCGACGGCGGCGAUGAUGGCGCCGCUCGCCGCGACGGCGGCGGCCGGCGGCGACGAGUCGCUCCGGGACGCCGUCGCCGUCGCCGUGGCGCUGUCGAGCUCGCUCGGCGGCUUGACGACCUUGGUGGGCACGGGCCCGAACGUCGUCCUAGCCGGCCUCGUCGGCGACCGCCAGCGCGACCGCGUGGCCUUCGCGUCGUGGUUCGCGUUCGCCGCGCCCGUGGGGCUCGUCGGCAACGCGUGCCUCUGGGCGAUCCUCGUCCGCCGCUUCAAAGUACCGGCGCGCGUCGCCGGGCGCGCCUCCGCCGCCGAGGGGCCGCCGCCGCCGCUCUCGGCGGCGCAGCGGCGCGUGCUCGGCGUCUGCGGGGCCAUGCUUGUGUGUUGGCUCUUCCGGCUGCGGCGCUUCGGCGUGCCCGGCUGGUCCGAGCUCCUCCCGGAGCCGGGCUUCGCGACGGACGGCACCGUCGCGAUGGCCGCGGCGCUCGCGCUCUUCUUGUCCGACGCGCUGCCCUGGGCCGCGGUCCGCGAUCUGCCCUGGGAAUCGAUGUUUCUGCUCGGCGGCGGCGUCGCCCUGAGCUCCGGCGCCAAGGCGUCCGGCCUCGCGGCCUCGAUCGGCGAUUCGGUCAUCGCCGGCGCGUCGCGGGAGCACGUCGUCGUCGUCGCCGCGCUCCUCGCGUGCCUCCUGUCCAACGGCGUGUCGAACGUCGCGACGGCGAACGUGAUCCUCCCGCUCGUCGGCUGCGUCGACGACCCGCUGCCGGCGCUCUGCGCCGUGACGAUGGCCUGCUCCUUCGCGUUCUGCACGCCCAUCGCGACGCCGCCGAACGCGAUCGCCUUCGCGACCGCGCCGACGCUGGCGACGCGGACGUUGGCCGCCGUCGGCCUCCAGCUGACGCUCGUCUGCCUCGCGCUCCUCACCGCCGCCAGCGCUUUUGCCGUGACGGGCUGCUCGAGCGCGCGGCAGGCGGAGGCGCGGCCGGACCAGCGCGUGCUCGCCGCGGUCCUCGACGCUCUGAUCGGAACGACGGCCGCGACGGACGCGCUGCCCGCGGCGCCCCGGCAGCUGCGCCUCGAGACGGAGGAGCGCGUCGCCGAGGCCGUCGCGCGCGCCGGCGCGCCGCGGUCCUUCACGGUCUGCCUCUGGUCCGACGGCUUCACCGUGCGAGCCGAGGGGCUGCCCGCCGCGCCGCCGGUUGCGCGCGGCAACGUCGUCGGCCUCGCGGACCUCGCCGAGCCCGCGGGCCCGCUCCAGAGCUACGGCGACCACCUGCCGUUCCUGCGGGCCAUCCGCGACGGCGAGGUGCCGCCCCAGUUCCUCCCCGGCGGCGACGUCGUCCGCCUCGACGUCGAGGACUACCUGCCCUGCUCCUACGCGCAGUGCCGCCACCUCCUCGACGCCGCGCCCGCUCAUGUCGCUCCGCGGCUCCCGGCGGCGGAGCUCCGCGCGAAGCGCCUCGCGCGCUUCGCGACGUGA